GGACGAUCAGAUGGAUGACCAGGAUACGACCACAGCUUGGGACGCUCUUGGCAAGCAGCUUUUGCUUCUACCUAAUGCAAGGCAAAAGGUAGUGCUAGCACAGACUAGCAGACUGAUCGCUGGCCAUGGUACUGUUGGAGUUGCAACCUCCACAAAAUGACAAAAGAGGCCGAGGUCGACCGCCUGGAGCCAAAAAUCUUUCAAAGAGCAGUACCAAGCGGAACCCAUCAUAUUUUGAAGUCGUAGAAAAAGAAGUGGGCCAAAAGCGCAGAAAAUGUGGAAACUGCGGCGUCCCAGGGCACACGCGACCCAAGUGCACUGUGAAACCAGAGAACAGCGCAGUGCACCAACCACUGGUGCAGAGAUCUCGUCCUUAUCUUCCGAGGAUCACAGAUGUCGAAGCAGACGGAAACUGCGGAUAUAGAGUUAUUGCGCUGGCAAAACAUACGAUAUGGCAAACUGUUUGUCAAACACUGCUUGCGUGUCUGGAUAAGCGACGCUUGUUUUGGGACAAUGUUUUUGGACAAAUGGGGAACGGAUGAACAAAGCUGUUACGAGAGAG